AGAGUCAUAUCAUUAAAAAUUUGUACUUUAUUCUUAUUUAUAUAUAUAAACCACUUUCUCUCCUCAAUUACACAAUUUCACCCCUCCCCUUUCAUCUCAUCUUCUAAUCAAACUCCCAUUAACACACCCACUCCCAAACACCAAUAAAGCAAGCGUCUUUACCAAGCUGAUUCUUUUAUUCCAUUUUUUUAAAAUUCUGCUCAGCCUCUCCUCAAUUGUUUGUGAGUGUUUUUUUGUUGGAUUCUCAGUAAAUUAGUAUGGCUGGAGAAGAAAAUGUUAACAGCAAUGAGUAUAUUUCAUCUGUUAUUCCUGGUUGGUUCUCUGAGAUUAGCCCAAUGUGGCCUGGGGAGGCACAUUCCUUAAAAGUGGAGAAGAUCUUAUUUCAAGGGAAGUCUGAUUAUCAGAAUGUCAUGGUGUUUCAGUCAUCAACAUACGGUAAGGUUCUUGUUCUGGAUGGGGUGAUUCAGCUUACAGAGAGGGAUGAAUGUGCAUACCAAGAAAUGAUCACCCACCUCCCGCUUUGCUCAAUUCCAAACCCGAAAAAGGUUUUGGUUAUUGGUGGAGGAGAUGGUGGGGUCCUGCGGGAGGUGGCUCGGCAUCCGUCUAUCGAGCAGGUUGACAUAUGUGAAAUAGACAAGAUGGUAGUUGAUGUUUCUAAAGAAUUUUUCCCUGAUAUAGCUGUUGGUUAUGAGGAUCCUCGUGUGACUCUACAUAUCGGAGAUGGUGUUGCAUUUUUGAAGAAUGUUCCUGCAGGAACUUAUGAUGCAGUUAUAGUAGAUUCAUCCGACCCGAUAGGUCCUGCACAAGAGCUUUUUGAGAAGCCCUUUUUUCAGUCAGUAGCAACAGCUCUUCGUCCAGGCGGGGUCGUGUGUACUCAGGCAGAAAGCAUAUGGCUUCAUAUGCACAUUAUUGAGGAUAUCGUGGUAAACUGCCGUCAGGUAUUUAAAGGCUCAGUCAACUACGCGUGGACAACUGUUCCUACUUAUCCAAGUGGGGUGAUCGGUUUCAUGCUCUGUUCUACUGAGGGGCCCUCUGUUGAUUUCAAGCAUCCAGUGAAUCCAAUAGAUGCUCUCGAUAGCGAACCAACAAGACCGUUGAAAUUUUACAAUUCAGAGAUUCAUUCUGCUGCUUUCUGCUUGCCAUCUUUUGCGAAGAGGGUGAUUGAUGCAAAAGCGAAAUGAAGUUGAAGAACACUGAACGAAGAGGAUUCAGGUCGAUUAUAGCGUUGCCCUUCAUCCUUAGUAAAAUAGUCCAUCCGGCAAUGAGCCGUGGAAUAAAUCCGAGGUUUUAAGUUAUUUUAAGAGUUGUCUUUUACGUAGAAAGAACUCAAACUUUUAUUACAGGAUUCAAACAAGUAUUUUCUCCAUUAAUUAUGCUAGAGCAAGCAUUCGAAUUUUUAAA